AUGAAUUAAUCAAUGACUAUGUAAAGAAUUAUUCAAUAUUUAUAGAAUUAACAGUAUUAAAAGAUAGUCAUCAAUUCUUUCAUUAGAUAAACAGACUGAAGAAAAUGGUACUACAAAAUUAAUGAAAAAGAUAACUUAAAAAUAGACUCAUGGAAGUAUGGAUGAUAUUUCGAGAUUAUUGCCUUUAAAUGAUAAUCUGAUAAAUGUUUAUAAUGAUUUUGAAGAUAAUUAUAGAGUUGUUAGAGAAUCAAAUAAAUUCAAAUGUGAAGCACCUUAAACAAGUAAAUAAGAAAUUAUUUAAAUUAAUACUUCUAAUAUUUUAAAAGUGGCAGAUGGUUUACAUUUAUGCGAUUUAAAUCCUGAAAAGCUUAAUCGAAUAUAAAUUUAUAGAUUUAGAUUUUAUUAUUUUAGAGCUAGAGUGAAGAAUAAACUAAACCCUUUAUAAAUGUAUUUUACAUUCCCUGAUAAAACAUAAAAUUAAAUUUAUAAAGUAUUUUUAUCAACAACUGUUGAAUUUCCAACUAAAUUUAAUUGUGAAUAAUCUACUUCUAGUAGAUCAAUUAAAGUGAAAACUAAAUCAGGCACUAAAUUUUUUAUUGAGGAUUAUAUUUACAUAACUUUAUAUGCUGAAUCAGAUUUUAUUAUAACAAUGCAUUUAGUAUUUGGAGAAUUUCAUAAUUCAAUUUUAAGUGCAAAAUAAUAAGAACCCUAAAGAUAUUAUAAAUAUUGGGAUGAAGAUAAAAAAAGUAUGUCACCCAAGAAAGAUAAGAUUCUAUAAAACUUAGAUUAAUCUCGAUAUAAAAGUACUUAAAAACUAAAAGAUUUUUUAAAGGGAGCAGGUAUAAUUAUAAAUAAUAUAAAAUGUAGAAGUAAGUGCAAAAAAGAUAAUUACAGUAGUUUAAAAGGGAAAGUAAAUUGAAAAAGAGAGAUAAGAAGAAAGAAGCAUUAAAAUGUUAGUAAAAUCAUAAAUUCAAGAAUUUCGUAAAGUUGAAAAAAGUAUUUUAUAAUAAAAAUUCGAUAAAUAAUAUUAAUGCAAAUAAUGGUAAUAAAUGAUUUCAUUAAUAGAAAUUUGUAAAUAAGUUUAUAAUAUUUUAUAUGUAAUUAUUAUAAAUAAUUUAGGAAAGAAAAAGAAGGCUAAGAAUUUAAGCAAAAGCAAAGUUAAUAGUUUUAAGAAUAAAAACAAAGUUAUUCAUAGAAGUUUAAUAAUUUGGACAAAAUCCAUUUGAAAGAUGCAAUAAUAAAUCUUUAUUAUUAUUAAAGAUUAUAAGCAAACAUUUAUAAGAAAAUUCUAAAAAAAGAGCUUAAAAAAUUGCGACUGAUUUUUUGAAAAAGACUCUCAUAUUUUAAACUGCUUUAAUUGCUCAUCAUAAAAUGGUUUCAAAAGGUACAAUAUUUCUUUAAUGUAGUAAGAAUGAUUACUAAAGUAUUUAAAGCUAAAAAGUUUUAGAAACGGGCUUUUAAGGAUAGAUUUUGGAGAUUAAUUAAAAAUUAUUUUAGUCAAAAUAAUGGGCCUCAAUUAUUUGCUACAUCUUAAGUUAAAGUGAUACAAAUAGAUAAACCAUUAAUGUCCAAAUUAAUAGAGUAAUAUAUUCAAAAUAGGAAAUUAUAAUGGUCUUAAUCAUAUAAAUAAAAUAUAUAAUCUGAUGAAAAAUUAACUCGAAUUCCAGAUAUAAUUAUAUUUUAAUUACCUAAUGAUAAAGAAUUAAAGUAAAUCAUGAAGGAAUAUUAUGUCUAAAAGAAAUACAACUGA